AUGGCGAGCCACUCCUACCGCAACAGCUCCAGCUCCAGGGUCAGGGACUUCAGCUCCUGCUCAGCCGUUGUGCCCAAGCCUGGGGUGCGUGGCUUUGCCAACAGCCUGGCCUUCCACGGGGGCAGCCCCAGGGGCCCCGGCUACCGGCGUCUCGGGGGCUUUGGCAGCCAGAGCCUGUGUGCGGUGGGGUCCCCGCGGAUCGCAGUGAGUUAUGCGUGGCCCCUCAGAGGAGGGGGCAGCUUUGGCUACCGGGUAGGGGGCCUCUGCGGGCCUACCCCACCCUGUAUUACCACCGUGUCGGUCAACAAGAGUCUCCUCACGCCCCUCAACCUGGAGAUCGACCCCAAGGAGCAGUGCGUGAAGCAAGAGGAGAAGGAGCAGAUCAAGUGUCUCAACAACAGGUUCGCUGCCUUCAUCGACAAGGUACGCUUCCUGGAGCAGCAGAACAAGCUGCUGGAGACCAAGCUACAGUUCUACCAGAACCGCCAGUGCUGUGAGAGCAACCUGGAGCCCCUGUUCAACGGCUAUAUUGAGACACUGAGGCGGGAGGCCGAAUGCGUGGAGGCUGACAGUGGGAGGCUGGCCUCAGAGCUCAACCACGUGGAGGAAGUUCUGGAGGGCUACAAGAAGAAGUAUGAAGAAGAGGUGGCUCUCAAGACUACGGCCGAGAAUGAGUUUGUGGUGCUGAAGAAGGACACUGACUGUGCCUAUCUGCGCAAGGCUGACCUGGAGGCCAACGUGGAGGCCCUGCGGGAGGAGCUGAGCUUCCUGCAGUCCCUGUACGAUGAGGAAAUCUAUCUUCUUCAGUCGCAAAUCUCUGACACCUCGGUGGUGGUAAAGAUGGACAACAGCCGGGAGUUCAACAUGGACUCGGUUGUGGCUGAGAUCAAGGCUCAGUAUGAUGGCAUCGCCAGCCGCAGCCGGGCAGAGGUUGAGUCCUGGUACCAAACCAAGUGCCAGGAGAUAAAGGUCAUGGUAACACAGCAGGGUGAGAACCUCCGCAGAACCAAGGAGGAGAUCAAUGAGCUGAACCGCGUGAUCCAGAGGCUGACAGCCGAGGUGGAGAAUGCCAAGCAGCAGCGCGGCAAACUGGAGGCUGCCCUGGCCGAGGCGGAGCAGCAGGGCGAGGCGGCCCAGAACGAUGCCAAGUGCAAGCUGGCGGGGCUGGAGGAGGCCCUGCAGAAGGCCAAGCAGGACAUGGCCUGCCUGCUCAAGGAGUACCAGGAGGUGAUGAACUCCAAGCUGGGCCUGGAUGUGGAGAUUGCCACUUAUCGCAAACUGCUGGAGGGCGAGGAGAGCCGGUUGUGUGAAGGUGUGGGCUCCAUCAACAUCUGUGUGAGCCGUUCCCAGGGUGGCGUGAUCUGCGGGGACCUUGGUUCCACCGUCCCUCGUGGCCUGGGUGGCCUGGCCAUCAGCAACGGUGCUCUUUGCUCCCCCUCGGUAGGGGGAUUCUGUUCCAGUGCGAGAUCUGUGAGGUUUGCGUAG